CUUACCUCCAAUAAACCAUAAAAUUCAUCCAUCAAAUAAUAACCGUUUGGCUAUUCUGUUGAAGUUGUAUUCUCAUACACCAUACCCACAAAUAUAUUCCAGUAUUCGACAAGUGCUUAUACACUUGCUUUCUAAAUCACUUCCUUUUCAACAUGACCCAAACGAAGCUAUAAUUUGGUUGGAAUGUUUACCACGUAUUAUUUCCAUGAAUAAAACUUCUCAAGAAUUGAUUGAAUCAGAUUCAAUCUUGCAAUUUCUCGAUGAAUCGAUUUCAAUAUUUUUCAAAGAUCCAUUUCCUCAUAUUGAUGAGGUAUCUCAAAUUAUCAGAGAUGCUGAUUCGAAUGUACAACAGACUGAUAUAAUGGAGAUUGAUGAAUUGCGGAUUGCUAAAGAUAUUAGCAUAGUUUUAGCAGAAAAACUGUGCAAUAUUUAUUAUAACUCAAAAAAUGCACCCUUUUCAUAUCCGUUCAGUCCACUUUUGGCGGUUGUUAUGAAACAAUAUCAGAAUAUGAAACCUAUCACUGUUGGAGUCACCUCGUUUUUACACAAACUAUUUAAAAAUUUACUGAAUAAACAAACUACACCAUCAUAUUUGCAUGUUUAUGUAAAACGACUAAAUAAAAUAAUUGAGAGUUCUUUGGAUAAUUUGGAUCAAAAGAGCCAUUGGGACGCUAAGGAUUAUAUUGGGAAUUUAGAAAUUUCUUUUCAGCAAUAUUCUGAUUCACACAAUAUUAAAUGGCAUAAUAAUGAAGACAAAUAUCAAAAAAUAAUUGAAGAUUCAAGCCUUAGCAAAUUAGAUUUAGCAAGGAUCAAAUUUCUUGAAUUAAUGUCUAGUAUCCCACCACCAAUAUUGAAUUAUCUUACUGAAAUAGAACUAUUUCAACUUUUGAAUUGUAUUUUAGAUAUCAACAUUUUUGAUCCUUUUUACUCAUUAGAUGAGACUACUAUCAGGCGUUACAUGACGUUCUUGUCACUUGUAUCCAAGAAUAUUAUGAAGCAAGGUUCGGGAAUGCGUAUUACAGAUAAUUGUUUUAAAAAAUUACUGUAUCUAUGGCAAAAACAAUCUACUUUCGAAUUGGAUACAGUGAUAUUACAAUUUAUUGAGACAUAUAUGCCACCUGGUUUAAUAGAUAAUGAGAAUGUUAAAUAUUUUCAAUUUACAGGAACGCCAAAUCAUCUUUUAUUGAUCAAGAAUAUUGAUUCAAGUGUUGUACGAUUCAUUCUUGAUAAUUUGAACGCUUUUAAAGCCAAGAUAUUAUCUUGUCUUAUUAUAUGCAAUUCUGAAAUUAGGUUGGAAUUUGUUAAUUUGAUCUUAUUUAAUCCACAAUUAUUAGAAUCAAUUUCCUUAAAAGACUUUAUAAUUAUUGUUUCGGUAUUUAUUGACAUUAUAUCAUCAAAAACACAUUUGCAAAUCAAUUGGUCACCAGUUGUGACUGAAAACGAUAAGAAUGCCAUCAAAAUGAUAUCCGACAAAUGUGCACUUCGGUUUUUUCACAGUAUAACGACAUCUUAUAAGGAAAAGUCGCCAUCAAUUUAUGCUAAUGUUGUCUGUGCAUUGAUGAGUUUAAGUUCACCAGUAGACUUGAUAGAAGCUUUGAAAUUUUCUAUUAAAAAUGGAUCUUUCAACCUAUUUAGUUUGGAUUAUUUGAGUAUAAUUGAAUGUCACUUGACUGACAAUAUUAAUGAUUAUGAUGAACAGGAACUUAAAGUAUUCAUUUCUGGUUGUCUUCAUCAAGCAACUUUAUUUAUGGAAAAUGACAUUUUCAAAAAUUGUAGUGAAGAAGUAUUACAAACCAUUUUUAACAAAAUUGAUGAUUUGAUAAAAUUUGUUCCGAAGUCAACCAAUCUGGAUGCAAACAUUAUUGGAGAAUUCAUUUUUGUUCUUUUGGAAAAAAAAAUUGAAGAGCCAACAAUUUUGAAGUGUAUAACAUCAUUAAUUAUUUCUGCAUACAAUAAAGAGACAAUCUUUGGACCUUCUUUGGACAAAGUUGUUGAAGCUAUCAUCAAUAAUCCCCAAUUUAAAGUAUUAUGUGAUGUACCAGAGUUAUCACAAAAGGCUGACAAAUGGCAGACAUUCCUAAAUAGAUUAGCAAUAAAUAAUUUGUUGAACACGGUGUUUCGGAUCCAUCCUAAAACAUGCUGUAAACCUUCAUAUUUGAACAUUCUUUUAUCACAUUAUGGUGCUUCCGCUUCACUUGCCGACCAAUUGCUCCUCGAUAUAUUCAUCUUGUAUGAAAAAUCAUCUAAUACUUCGAUUAUAUCCAGUGCCAUGAUGUGGGGUCCCGAAUCAGCCCGUCAGAUUGACAGAAGAGGCCUGAUGGGACAAAGGAUUCUUGUUGAAUCAUUAGAUUUAAUCGAUCCUAUGAUGAUGAUGCGAAGUUAUACACAUUUCCCAAUUGAUAAAGAAUUGGAAGUAUUUUUGAAUACAAUUGAAAUCGUAUCUUAUUUGAAAAAUGAUAUAACCAAAGAUCCUACUAAAUGGGAACAAGAUUUACCAGUAUACGAUCCAUCAUAUUUCUUACCAUUAUUCGCAAAUUUGUUAUCGUAUGGAAAUUUAUUGGAUGUUAGAAAAUUCAUUGAAAUCAACGCGUUGGGAUUUAUUGUCGUUUCAUUAUCAUCUACUGUGGAAAAUGUGAGGAGAGCAGGUUAUUAUUUGAUGGAUGAAUUUUAUGGUUUAUUGGAGCAUGCUGCUUUUCGGGAGAAGAGUCAAAUAUUGUUGUUACUUAACUCAUUGAAGAAUUCAAUCGUGGAUCGUGAUAAUGAAAAUAAGCUACUUCAACGAAUUCCUACAAUUAUUUCAGUAUUUAUUGCUCAUGCAUUGAAUAUUUUUACGAAUCCUGCUCAUUUCAUGUAUCCAAUAAUUAAUAAGUUUUUGUUACAAAGACCGAUAUUGGAUUUAGAGGAUGUACCGAUGUUUUAUAAUUUAUUUCAUACGUCUUCCAAGAAUUAUCAAAAAGAAAGAGAUUAUAAAAUCUUUAGAAGAAGAUAUGUAUGGGAUGUUAUUUCUAGUUAUUAUAAUUCAUCUCUUGCUGAUAAUAUUAGUCGUAAACUUAUCAUCGAGAUACUGUUCCGAUCAGCAUCCAUUCCACAAGCUAUCACUGACAUGGUCAAAAACAGAGGACUUUUAGCCUGGUUACAUAAUUUAUGUUUUGCAUUGCCACAUUCUCCAUCUGUGAAUGAACCAGCAUUUUUUGGAAUACGAAUACUACUUCGGGUAUUACAAGGUUGUAAGAAUUCGACGUUGCAAUGGUCAAAAGGUGUUCUGAUAGAUCAAGCCAUAAUGAUUUUGUCUAGCAUAUUAAAAUCCUUCGAUUUAAAUAUAGUGAAAGAAGAAACGAUAUCAUGGACACUUAAUUACCUUAACGCGAUUAUUCAAACUUUUCAUUAUCUUAUGUUAAUUUCACCAACUCCUAAUCGGGUUUUCACACCGUAUCAUAUAUCAUAUAUUUUACCGAUACUUGAAAAAUGUGAAUUACAUCUCAAAUCAAAACUAAUUACCGAUGAAACACCGAAAUCACCUAUAAACAUAGUUCAUAAUUUAUAUCCUUCAUUAACAGAUAAUUUAGAAGGACUAUACAUGUUUGACACCAAUUCAAUUAGAGUUUAUAAACAAAUUAUAAGAAUGUUAUUUGAAAUGGUUACUAGUAGUGGUGAACAUGAUAUAGAAGUGGUGAAUAAGGUUGUAUAUAGAGCAUUGUCUAUGGAUGUUUCAACUGAAGCGAAGAUAUGGACGAUCGCAUGUAUGGCAGAGUGUAGACAAUGA